UGAGCAGUUGAAUUUUGGAAACGAUACAGAGAAGAUGUCAAACUUUUGUGUUUUCCUGAUUGUAAUGGUCCUUCUUUUUGGCAUAUGCCAGGCGGACAAUUUUGUCGAGUGCAAUGGGAAUGAAUCGGGAUUUAUAUCCUCUGAAAAGAGCUGUGCGCACUACAUUUUCUGUAACGGAAAUGAUUCAUAUGAUGGUGAAUGCCCUGAUGGCGAAUACUUUAGUUCCGAUACUGAAAUGUGUGAGCCAAUGGGCGAUAUUGACUGUCGCACAGGGAUGGCUGUGGAGACAGAUAAUACAUCAUUAUUAGAGUCUAGUACUGAUAACUUAAUAAUUGUCAAUACUGAAUCGAUUUUAGUGGGCGAUACUUUAGAAUCCACGAAUCUUAAUACCACUUCAGCAGCCACUUCGCUGAACGUUACACCACCACCACCAUCCGCCGAUGGACCAGACAGCAACACGACUAUAUUCCCCCCCAAUGUUGACAUAAUUGUGGCCAGUAUUUGCCCCCGCGAGGAUAAUAAAAGCCGCAUAAUAUUAAUGGCAAGUCAAAAGUCUUGCACGGACUACUAUGUUUGUUAUCAGGGUGAACCGUACCCCAUGAACUGUGCGAUCUCUUUGCAUUUUAAUCACCGCACUGGCAAAUGCGACCAUCCCGAAAAUGUGCGAUGUCUGGCGACGACCAGUAAUCCCAGGGAGCAAUGCAAACGGCACACAAUGGAUAUUUAUCCCCAUCCAGAUAAUUGCAAUUAUUUCUACCAAUGUCGACUGGGAUAUUUAAUUGUACAACAGUGCCCUUUCUUGUAUGGCUGGGACCAUGAGAAACGAUCAUGCGUGGUUCUAAGCAAGGCAAAGUGCUAUAACCAAUUUAAAUUUAAAUAACAAUAAAGCUUUAUUGUGUCCU